AUCAAUUCUUAAGGCCUCAUGGUAUCAUUGAUCAUUACCCAACCAUUUCUAGAGCAAGGAUGACAUUGAGCAAACUCUGUGUAAGCUUCUACAUGAAGAAUGAUCAGUCACUCACACAAAGGGCCUGAAAAGCUCCACUGUAUUAACUCUCUUUUUUUACCCCGGAAGGCAAACCACCAAAAUAAGUAGGGCAGAUGCCGGAGAACAUUUGCCAGAUUUUAUUAGAUAAAACAGAGAGUACAAAUAAAGGAGGGGACUAGACCUGACCCGAAAUAAAAUACAUGAAAUGAGAUUAAUAGCGUAAGGCCAGAACGCCAAAGUAAUCCAUGUAAUAGGACCUCCUUGCCAAAAUCAAAAGAGAAAUUGGGCUGUCAAAAAAUUGCAAUGGGCCCAAAUGAAAUUUCGCCAGAUUAUGGGCCAUAUAGUUUCCUUCCUUCAUCGUAUGACCAAGCGAGAGUGCUUUCCUGUUUACGAGUUGCUUCAUUUCCAAAAUCAGAUCGUUCCAUCUUCUUACCUGAGGAUUUUGCAAGAACUCCAACGCCAUACUACAAUCGGUUUCUACUUGAAAACCUUCAAAUCCAUGGUCCACCAUCCCUUUACAAGCUGUAUAGAUGGUCGUGAGCUCCGUUUCUAUCACAGAUGAAGCAGCAAUUGGGAAGUUAAUGGCUACCACCAUCUUCCCCGAUGAAUCUCUGAGAAUGGCCCCGCCAUUAGAAGCUCGAGAUAAGUAACUCGCAUCUGUAUUUAACUUCAUUCGAUCUCUGGAUUUCCUCCAUCUAAUUAACCGAAUACAAAUCAAAGGGAUUUUAAAUCCUGGCGGAAUCAGUCGCUCCUAAAAAAGGAUUGAAUUGAUUGAACGCACCUUGAUAUGUUUGAAACUAAGAACCCAGUUGUUCGUAUGAUUCUUAAUUUGAGAAAAAAUAGAAAUCAUGAAGGGUUGUUUAUCUAUAUUAAUCACUAUCUUUCCAGGUUGUCCUCGGUUUCCAACUUUCCACCACCCGGAUGUGAUGAAGUACGUUAUUACAUGGUUUGCAAUACACAUUUAUGACCUUGACUAUGUGGUGCGGCUCCCUGGUUGUAUGCAACGUCACCUCUUUGAACACACGAAGACUCUUGUGAGGCAUGUGUGUGGGGGUGGUUCUUGGAAUGUCAGGUUUGAUGACUUGACUUUCUUCGACGACGUGGACGAAUUCCUCCUCAAAAAGAAUGUUAUGUUGCCCAGCUACCUCUUGUUUCGUCAUGUUGGUGGAUUCUCUUUUGAAACCUUCCUAUAUGACGUGGAGGGGUUUUCACUGGUUUUGGAUGUAGCAUCGGUCCGUGAAGCUAUGACAGUCCAGCCUGUCUAGGUGAAUUCGAAGUCGUUGUGCGUUCUGCUAUUAAUGAUCUCUCUUACAAAAAAUUGUUCUAUCCACGGUCCUUUGUUUAUAUACCUGCAAGAACUUCUAAGGUUUGUCUUCCGUAUUCUACCUAUUCCUGUUUGAUUUCGCAGAUACUUACAGUUGUGUUUCUGAUAUUCAACGCAGCAAAAGUGUGAGGAGGAACAUUUUUAUCCUCACACUUUUCUAGGCUUUCCUGGUUGGCUAUUGUAGCUUGAAACGUGGAGUGCACGUUCACUACGGGUCUGUAGAGGAACAUUUUUAUCCUAACGUGAAGACUAUACUGCAACAGGUUUAGGAGGAGUUCGAAAUACAUCCCCGCAGGAGUUUGGUGUUCUUCAAGAAUGGUCGUGGCAAAGUACAUAUGUUGGCCAUCUCAGUCUGUGGUGUAGAGGAGCCACCCACGAAGAGCCACACUUAUGUGAUCAAAUCAAAGAUAACUGCUUGAAUUUCUGUCUUUACUUGAAAAGAUUUGAUUGUGACUUGGUUUUGUAUAACAUGCACUUAUGCUACAACACUACCCCUGCUGCUUUUGGUGAUCAAGCAGUUGUGUGUACUGCUAGCUUGCCAUAUCAUGAAGCCCUGUAAGGGUAACAUUUUUAGCUAACUUGGCAGGCAUCCUUUUUUGCUCAACUGCCACCAUAUGCAUGCUCGCUUGGUGCCCUUAUGUAUGCCAG